GUCCGCGGCGCCUGCGCGCUGGAGGCGGUGAUGGCGGCGGCCAGGGUGCGCGGUGUCCUCUGGCAGCGGGCGGCGGCCCGGCUGCGAGCGGGGGCGCGGGCAGCCUCGGAUCUGCCCAAGGAGCUGAUGCCCGGCCCGUACCCGCGCACGCCGGAGGAGCGGGCGGCCGCCGCCAAGAAGUACAACAUGCGGGUGGAGGACUACGAGCCGUACCCCGACGACGGCUUCGGGUAUGGUGACUAUCCUAAGCUCCCUGAUCGAUCUCUUCAUGAGAGAGACCCCUGGUACCAGUGGGACCAGCAAGACAUGCGGCAUAACUGGGGACAGCCGAUGCAUUGGGACUUCGACAUGUAUAUUCGGAACCGCGUUGAUACAUCUCCCACUCCAGUUCCCUGGCACACCAUGCGCAAACAUUUCCUUAUCUUUUUGACUACCAUGCUGAUCAUGUUUGGUGUUGGAGAGAUGUAUCCCUCUUACAGGCCUGUGGGACCGAAGCAAUAUCCCUUCAAUAACCUAUAUCUGGAGAGAGGAGGAGACCCGAAUAAAGAGCCACCAGAGGUGAAGCACUAUGAAAUCUGAAAGUUGUUGGAAGUGCAGAGUUCAUCCUGUGUCAGCUCUACUUGGAAUGGCAUCUUCUUUAGUGUUCACUGUGGCUUAUGUUAAUGCUUGUUCUUCAACAUUUAACUGCUAACUGCAGUGAAAUAUAUUGAUGAUACCUAU